AUGAGGUGUGGCUCCAAGACUCCAACGGAAGGCCUUCGUCCAGCGGUGACUCGCCUGGAGCUGAGAGAGGAGAUCCAGGAGCAGCUGGAUGCUUUUCGACAGCUCGUCGUUGAGGACAUCGGCGUGCGAUUGCAGGAUGCCCUAUCGAUGCCGUCAGCUCCACCAUGGCAGGCCAAACCCCACAAGCCAAGGAAGUCCGAGAUCUUGGCUCGCCCUCCUGAGCUGACAAGUCCGGAGAGUUGCCUAGAAGAUGAGGACAUGGCAGAGAUCACGAAGAAGGGCUUCAGGAAGAAUAUUGAGUCGACUGCAGCUGCAGCGAUGGAGUUGAUCCAAAGCCGGAGCCGUGGCGAGUAUUCCUUGGUGUCCGGCGAGUCCAUCGAGGAUGCUCUGAUGGCAGACAGCGCAGGUCAUCUGCAGAUGAGGCAUCAGCUUGUGCCAGAUUCCGACAGAAAGUGGCUCGAGGACAGCGAAGUACCAUCCUCCUCAAGCCGGCAGCUUUGCUGCGCCAGGGGGACAUCGGUCUUGCCAGAGACGCUGACAUCAAGGAUGGGAAGUAUUGUGGAGUCAGACGAGUUCGGCUAUGCCAUCACCGCACUUGUCAUGGUGAACGCGAUCCUUAUUGGCUUCGAGACUGACUACACGGCUCGGCAUGGAGGCGAUCAGAAGAUGCCUGGCUCGAAGAUAUUGGGACGCGUCUUCUGCUAUAUCUUCACAGCAGAAGUUGCCAUGAGGGUCUUGGUCCUGGGCGUCCGGAACUUUUUCACGGGCAGUGGCUGGAGGUGGAAUCUCUUCGACUUUCUCGUGGUUGGCUUGCAAUGGGCAGAGGAGGUUGUUGACUGGAUUUCUGUCGGCACGGGCCGUGGCCACGUACUGAACUUGGGGUUCCUGCGCAUUCUCAGGACUUUGCGUGUGGUUCGCAUCAUGCGCCUUGCGCGCAUCCUACACUUGGUUGUGGAGCUCCGUACCAUGGUCUCCUCCAUCGUGGCAUCGUUGAAACCGCUCUUUUGGGCUACACUGCUUUUCUCCAUGCUCAUCUACGCAGUCGCCGUCGCGAUGACACAGAUGGCAAAUGAGUUCCGGGCAGAGAAUCGCGGCGUGGAUACCGAGUUGAACAGGUAUUUCAGCAGCUUGGGCACAGCGGCCUUGGCGCUGUGGGAGUGCAUUUCCGGUGGGAUGGACUGGCAGGACCUCGCGCAACCGAUGAUUGAGAAUGUCUCCCCCAUCAUGGGCCUGUUUUUUUCUGCAUAUGUUGCCUUUUCGAUGCUGGCAAUGAUGAACGUCAUCACAGGCAUUUUUGUGGACAAUGCCAAGACCUAUGCACAGCAAGAUAAGGACACCUUUGUCGUGCGACACGUGCUCAAUCUCUUCAAGCAGAGCAAUUUGGGCGAGUCCACUGCGAUUGAUUGGAUUGACUUCCAGGCGAAACUGGAUACGCGCGAGCUACAGGAGCUUUUUGCCGCAGUGGAGGUCGACGUGGCAGAUGCGAGGAGUCUAUUCAAGCUUAUUGAUACGGAUAACAGCGGCAGCGUUACGCCAGAGGAGCUGAUGAGGGGCUGGCUGCGUCUCCAGGGCCCGGCGAAGGCAUUGGACUUGGCUUUGUUGUUGCGCGACUGCACCAGAAGCUUUGACUCCAUCCACAGGCAACUGCAUGACCUUCGUGUGGGUGUGUCGUGGCUUCUCCGGUCAAUGGAAACCAGCUUGUUCCCAGAUGAUCCUACCUCUCCGCAGCUUGAGCAUGCCCCGGCAGAUCUGCUCCAAGACCCUGUCAGGUCUUUCACCUUGACGCCCGAUCCCAGUCCAACGCCAAGGAUAGACCGGAUGAUCGAGCUGCUGAAUUUCUUUGCGACAUCGAUGUAUUGCCUGGAGUCGUACAAGAGCAUGGUGGACAGCAAGACCACGCAUGAGAGCAGAACACGAGAAGAUCUCUGGAUAUGCUCCGUGGUCGUCCUACUAGCUUCCUGGUUCCAUAUGAUUAUGUUUCACUUCAACCUAACCCAGAAGAAGGUCAAUGCUUGUCACCUCUGUGUCUUCGUUCAAUGCUUCGCGGUGCCUCUCACUGUCCUUCUAGCGGUUGGGCUUACGGGGCUGUCCCAAGAAGCGCAUACAGCCCUCUGGAUAGUCAGCGUAGUUUGGUGGUGCCUUGGGACUGUCGCUCUCUGCACGAUGUUUACGUGCUGCAGCGACAAGGUGAGCAAUUCUGCAGGCCUCGAGGUGACAGGAGUUGGGUUUCUCGUCGCCUGCUGCAUGGAUGAGACGAAGCUGAAGGAUGCUUUGGAGUUCCGCGGUGAGCACGCAUACGGCGAGAUGUUGCGAAUCACGCAAGAUGUUCCUGGAAUCAUCAUCAGUUCUGUUCACAUCCACCUGCUGGAUGUCAGCUGGUAUGCUGUUCUGAAUCUCAGCACGAGCUUCUGCACAUUAGCACUCUACCUCUACCUGCUUGUCGAGAAGCGCCUGGGUUGCAUGCUUGUUGACUCUGAAGCUGUUGAGAUAUUCUUGCUGGGUCAGCGACAGGAAGUCCGCGCAUGCACUGUGCCACAGUUGCAAGCCGAUACGAAGGAAGACGGUGGCUGGCAAAACAUCGUGCCAAGCCACACGAACGUGAAGUAUCUAGGCACAGAGUCUUUGGAACCUGAGGAGGUCUUGCCGUCGCUUUGGAUGGGUACAUAUGAGUACAGAAAGCACAUCAAAGAUCAAGCCAGCAAGAAGACGGCAAUCGAAGUUGAUGCUGCGUGGGUCCCGAUCGGCUGGAGUCUUACUCAUUCCUUUGCAUCUUAUGAACGGAAUGAGUUCUUGACCGGGUCUCAUCAGACAGGUCUGGUGGGUCUGUCAGCUGCACCCAAAGCAAGCAUGGAAUUCACGACGCUCGGGGACGAUCCGGUGCAUCCGGUGCGCUCCUCUGCUGUCCCCAAAGCAUCCGCCGUCACGGACGUGAAGAAAGAUCCUAAGAGCGCUGCGAUGCGCAACCUGGGACCGAACGAACUGCGCCUCCCCACGGUGGAUGAGGAAGUCAUCAACGAGUUUCAUCCAGCAGUUUGCGCGGGCCAGUCGCUGCAGGCUGCUAUCACUUUGGCAGGCCUCAGCAUCAAGGUGGGCGCUGCCAUGCGCGAAUGCAAUUCCUGGUGGUACAGGCCGCCGUACGCUGACAUUAAGAACCCCAUCACCGGCAAGACUGAGCAAAUCGUCGAAGGCGUGCCAGCUAUCACGAACGGGCGUCGCCUGAAUCUCAAGGUUUGGGGUGAGAUCUAUGGAGACAACUUCAAUGAGUUCAAGAAAACGCAUGAGACUGCCUACAACGUCACAGAAUGGGAUCUCUCCUUGGACAACAUGAGCUUCACAUUUGGCGAUGAGUGGACACUUGAGGGCUGGCACUACUUCUUGGCUAAUGGAGGCGUGAUUUGGGACACGCGCGAUCGCCUCGGUAACACGACGAUGUCGGGGCUGGCAGUAGUUCUUUCCAACAACGGAUCAAUCGCUUUGAUGGUGGCACCGCGCGGAGGCAUGCCAUUUGUGUCCUCCUGCCCGAAUCCUGUCCCCUUGAAGACCUGGGUGCAUGUUGCCUGCCAGCGCCGGGGAUCCGAUUUGGAUUUUAUCAUGAACGGCACCCAAGUCUGUACCAUGCCGGCACCGGCCGAGCUGGACAAUCUGGAGCCACAGACUAUGGUGAGGAUCGGCCGUGCAGCAAGCAACGAUACAGAUUCCAGCCUGCAUGCCCUCAUCUCGAACAUGCGGCUGACGGGCAAAGCUUUCUACCAUAAGUCGACUGCUGAACCAGAACGACAUUUGGAUCUGCACCCGAAAACCCACUUUCUUCUCCACGGAGGAUAUCUGGACCAAGUGAGCAUGCGCCCUCUUCUCAUCUCAGGACAUGGCUUGAUGGAGGGAGUGGUGAAUCAUGGAGGGCCCACAAGGAAGCUCAAGCGUCCUCCAAUGCGCGAGCUUCAGCUGAAUGUCUUCCCUGACCAGGACCGAGCUCUUCCAGGCGGCUUGCCAGAAAAAUGGGGUCCUCAAGCUGGCAAAAGGUCAGCUUUCUGCGCACGAACGAUCCUGACCAUCAUCAAGGAUGCCGGCACCAUCGCCUCUGCAAUCGAAACCAACCUGGUGGUUUGCUCCGAAGCGAAGCUCGUUGGCCAGGAGUGCGCUCAGGGCGCCACGCGAUCGAUCCGAGCUGCGGCCAACGCAGCAAAGUAUAUGGCGGAGCUGCCAGUGCGAGGUUGCAACCAACAAUGGUUCAGGGGCUACUACAAGUGCGGCGAGCGUCUGGAGGGUGCAUCAUGGGAGCUGGAUGCUCUGGGUACCGAGCUGGGUGAGACAGUCGAAGCCUGCAAUGACUUGGACCUUGAAAUCCGUCACAUCAACAGGAAGAAUUCCCCCAUGAACACAGACUACAACUGGGGCGCUUGUGCCGGUGAAGUUGCUUCCUCGGCUGGGUACGCAUCCACGGCUGGUAUGUACCUUGCCACCGCUGUGGGAUUUGACUGUCCGUCGGCGCUGCCUCUUGACAAGAAGAAGGCCGCGCAAGAUGCUGCUCUGGAACCUCCCUACGCAUUCCCGCGUGGCUACACUCCUGCAGAGGAGGCACGGGAUCUUUGCGCUCAGGAAUCACUGGGAUUCGCACGGACCCUCUUCUUGUCUGGUACGAAGGCUGCCAGAGCUGGUGGAAGUUGUUCCAACACCGGCACAGUCUGUUCGCAGAACAUCCUCCUAGCCAUGGCAGCCUUUGCAGGCAUCGGUCAGGUCGGGGCAAUUGUCCAUGACAAAUGUCUGCCUCUCCGAAAAUGCUGCGAGUACGAUCGUGACGACGAAGAUUUCGUCUGCGCCUGCGGAGCAACGGAGCGGCAGAAAGUUUGGGCCGACAACAGGGAGAUCCAAGGAGAGUGCGGGAGGUAUACAGGUUCCAUGUCGAAGCUGAUUGGCUCUGCAACGGCGUACGUGGCGGAGUCUUUGGAAGCUUGCGAUGCCGCUCAAGAACUGCCCGCAGCUUGUGGGAGCAUGAUUGCAUUCAUGGUGGCUUCCUUGGGCUACUUCGCUGAGAACGCUGCGCGCAACCAUUACGAGUGCCCAUUCUACAUGUUCGAUAACCUCUACCAGUGUGGCCAGGAUCAGUCGAAAAUCGGGGAAGCAAUCGAGCGUUUUGCGGCUGCUACAGCUGCCGCUGUCAUCAACUGUGGAGCAAUUGCCGGGACCCAGAGGGCCUACACGCGCCUGGUCAGCAUGGUGCAUCCGCCACGCCGUUUUUUCAUGGUGUAA